GAAGUUAUUCAUUGACAACUUUACAUUGUCCGGUUCUGUCAUAUUGUAUUUUCAUGAUGAAUUUCUACCAAUUAUGUGUUCUUCUCGGCCUUUUGGCUUUACUACAUGCAGCAUAUUCAGCAGCACAACAUCGGACGUACCUGCGUCUCACGGAACAAGAAUUUACAAGUUUACCAUGGGAUAUAUUGAUACAGUGUUUGGCCUCCUUGUUGGUGGUUAUUUAUGGAAUAGUUCAUAUCGCCGGCAACUUUAGGGAAAUCAGAGCAUCAGCUGACCUUGACCAUAAAACCUGGGAGAUGUUAGGAAACAGGCAGGGAUUUCUUUCCUUCAACCACCGAGGAAAGGCCUUAAACAGAAAAUCAUCUAUUGGAUAAAAAGCUUAUAAACAUUGUACCUUCUAAAUGUGAAUUAAGUCAUAUGUCGAUGUUGUUCGAUAUCUCAUAAUAUGAUAUUUAUAUAAUAUGAUAAUGUAUGAAGAUAAAACAAAUCCUAGAAAAAGUCAACACUUUGCUCUCCUGAAAAAAAAGUUUGUUUGCCACAUAAGGCAGUUUGCUAAAAUACUUCAUAAUGACUUCCUUAUAUGUUUUGUGUCAAGUUCAUUGUUGUUUGGGGCCUUGCCUUGUGCCUCUAAGCUGGGUUUAUUUUUUUAUUUUUUUUUACUACUGUGCUUGUCCCAGUAAUUUUAUUGUAUUAUUUAACAUGGAAAAAAACGAUAUCAAGGAAUGGGCUGACUGUUCAAAACAUUGUUAUAGUUUACAACGGGAUUUGUGACAUUGUUGUUUACUAUUAAAUGGAAGAAUAG